GGAGAAAAUGGCUGGGACUUAGACGAGGUAACUGCCGCCAAAAGGCGUGAAGAGAGAGGGAGAAAAGGCAGAAUCGAUAGGUUUAGCCGGGAGGAGCGACGGAUAAGGCCGAGUGCCCGAGAGGGGUAGCCCAGCUGUCAGUAGAGAUGAUUUGCAUGAUGAACUUGCGACGAACUCAGGAGAAGCUCAGAAAGAUGCUUGGGCCUUGGUCCCCAUCAAUUCGGGUAUGAGGCGCCAUGUAAGGGAGAGACUUCGUACCGGACUUUUCGUUGAACGGAUGAGAAGAGACGCAAGGCAGGGGAUUCUGGCGGUUCAAAAUAACAGCCUUAAAAUCAUACCGUCGCAAUAUUGGUACAGCAAACACGAGGACAGAUUGAGUAGCUCUGCAUCUUGGGGGCGUCACUUGAGGCCGGACACGGCUGGGAGCAAGCCACUGCAUGUCAGAUUCUUGCUUCCCUUGAUGAGAUGUAGAGGCCAGGAGAAGGAAAGCAGAAAAGAGGGUGUCCCCACGUUGCAAGGUGGUGUAAUGAGAUGCACAUCGAGGCGCAUUGUGAUUCUGUGCAUGACUUUAGACUCGGCGGGUAUAGCUAGACAGACGUUUCGCUGCAGGAACGGUCAGCAGAGAUGUGCUCGUGGUGUUGACGAUUGUAAGCCGGCCAACCCGUGGAGGGUACUAAUAAUGCAACUGUCCAGAUGGGAGCCAGCUAAAAGUCGUUGGAAGCUGGAGACGGGGAGGAGUGCCUUCAACCCAGGAAUUCGGGGAUUGAUAUUGCUGAUUCCUUUUAUAUAAGGCAUGAAAACUCGUGACCAGUUUAUCACGUGAAAGUUCCACUCAGGUGGAUAUCUACCUCCCUUACCUACCUCCUCU